AUGAGAACUAUUGAAGAGACCCGAAAGAGAUGGGAAAUCUUAUUCCUCGGCAAUGAUACAUCCUCCGAUCUUCAGGCGGCACUGCGGGCGGAGCAGAGUGGGAAGCUGUGCAACGAAGGACUGAGGUCGAUCUGCUGGAAGGUUUUUUUGCUUUUCGAAGGCCUCGAUCGCGAAGAGUGGUCGCAGAAGCUUGACGAGUCACGCGAUGCCUACACUGCUCUCCGUGAUCAUUUCCUGAAGUACAUUGAACAUCCGGACGAUUUGGAGUCAACGGUCGAUCCAUUAGCGGACGAUGAAACGUCUCCAUGGCAAACCCUCCGCAACGACGAGAAUUUACGCGCCGAAAUCUCACAAGAUGUCGACCGAUGCUUGCAAGAGAACUUUUUUUUUCGGGAACCUACCACAAAAUCCAUAUUAAUCGAUGUGUUGUUUGUGUACUCGAAACUCAACCCCGAUGUCGGAUACAGACAAGGCAUGCAUGAAUUGUUGGCCCCCAUUCUCUGGGUAGUUGAUCGUGAUUCCGUUGGAAAGCCUCAAGGGAGCUUGUCUGAUAAUAAAGAGGAUUUGCUGAUGUUGGAUCUCCUUGAUGCCAAGUUCGUGGAGCAUGAUUCGUUUACAUUGUUUCUUGCUGUCAUGCAAACAGCACGUAUAUACUACGAGCACGGAGAAACUAAAACCGCAAAUGGACAGGUCGAUGUGAUACCUAUUGUCAAUCGAUGCCAGUAUCUACACACCGAGGCACUUAUGAUUAUUGAUCAUGAGUUGGCGGAACACUUACAGGCGGUUGAUGUCCUCCCCCAGAUUUUUUUAACUCGAUGGAUGCGUCUUUUAUUCGGUCGAGAGUUCCCCUUCGAUGAUGUACUCCAGAUGUGGGAUGUACUAUUUGCGCAUGGGCUACGGUCUGAUCUGAUAGAUUUUACAUGUAUUGCAAUGUUGCUUCGAAUCCGCUGGGAAUUGCUCAAAGCAGAUUAUUCCGGUGCCCUGACUCUGCUACUUCGCUAUCCUACACCACAGCCACAUGCACCGCACGAAUUUGUGAACGAUGCCCUGUAUCUGGAGCAAAACCCCACUGCAGAGCGUGGCAGCUUUAUCAUCUCAAAGUAUUCGGGUAGAGUACCGGAAUCACCGAAGCGACACAGCCAGUCUGGUCUACGGCCUCCCCGGAAAGCUUUUCUCUGGGAAGACUUUAAGAACCGCAGUAAUAGCAGCUCACCGGUAUCAUCGGCGAGAAACAGUCCCAAGAGCCUUGAAGCGUUAUUUCAAGAUGUUUCGCAUGGGAUUCAACGCCGCACAGAGUCUUGGGGGGUGGCCAAGGCAGUCCGAGGGGCUGUCACUGAAGCCCGGAAGAACAUGCAAACGAUGCAUUAUGAACCCGGCCCACGGAUGACUGCUGUCAAUCACAAACAGGGGCCUUCUCCAAGUGCACCAAAUGUUCCACCUAAGCCCACAGCGACCGAGCUUGGGCUUCAAAAGAAGAUUAGCCGGCUGGAGGAAAGAAACAUGGAUUUAUCCAUUGCACUGGGCGAGGCAUUGGAGAGCCUUCGAUCCCAAUUAGCGGAAGACUCCAAGCCAAGUGAAAAGGAUGCAAAGGAUGCCAAGCAUGCAAAGGAUGCUAUGGAGGAGGCACUGUCUCGAGCCGAGCAAGUCCGGCGUUGUCUCGAAGACCCCUUGCUCCCAGUAGUCUCGGCACCGUGCCUCGCCAACGUAGAUAACGAACCAAACGAGCCAACCAAGUCUGCUGAGCCACCCAGUGAUUCGAAAGCAGACGAACCAGCUGAAGUGGCGCAGGAUCAACAGGGCAUAAUUCUAAAGGCGGAGGAGGCCCACGGGUCAAGUGCCGAAAGUGGAACCUGCAAGCCUGUAGCCGUUGCGGAUCGCACGAAGAACAUCGGCCAGGCCGACGGUGAGCGGGUAUCGAAGUCCCUAGUGCGGCCAUCCCUGUCGGAUGCAGGGUUCUCCUGGAUGUUGGAUGGAAACCGACAUGCCUCCAGCUUUGUGAGUUCUGUGUCAGUUCCUCCGGAGCAGAGUCGACACCAGGAUCAUCAUACCCGAAAUAAAGGCAACCCACUCUUUGGGACGGGAGACGAGAAAGCAGCAUCUGACGAGCACGAUGAACUGGCGCUUCACAAUCUCCGAGGUGACCAAGGACCACUGUAA